AUGAAAUCAAAUGGUCAAACUGAAUCCAAAAAAGACCCAAUUCUUGAUGUGGCUUGUGAAGAUCCUGAAACCUUCUUUAAUGACGGUUACAUUGAUAACAAAUUUGAGAAAAUUCAAAGAAGCUUACUUCCUGAUUGUAUGUGGACCCUGAAAACUGGGUGCAAAGUGGAAACAGUUAUUUAUGAAUUUGCUAAAAAACUACAUAAAGAAUCAUAUCUUCAUUCUUUUAUAAUCAAUGAUGCUGAUGUCGAAACAAUAUCAUUGUUUUCACCUGAUGAAUGGAAAGAAAUUAAAACUUUUGAAGUUACAAAUGGACCAAAACUUGACCCUU